AGGCUGGCGCGCUCCGUGCUGCUGAGGCUUUGAGGUGGUCGCCGGGGGUCGGGGGGGACGAUUUCCCCGCCGCGGGGGCCCUAGAGGAUGAAUCAGGGGCUCUUCUAAGGUUAGGCGGCGGGGGUGGAGAGAAGUGGCAGCAAGGACUGCAGUGGAGUCCACGGAGCGGGAUGUGCGAGAGUUACUCCAGGUCGUUGUUGAGGGUCUCGGUGGCGCAGAUCUGCCAGGCGCUGGGCUGGGACUCGGUGCAACUGAGCGCCUGCCACCUCCUCACGGACGUGCUGCAGCGCUACCUGCAGCAGCUGGGACGGGGCUGCCACCGGUACUCUGAGCUGUAUGGCCGGACAGACCCAAUUUUGGAUGAUGUUGGUGAAGCUUUCCAACUUAUGGGGGUUAGUCUUCAUGAACUAGAAGACUAUAUCCACAACAUUGAACCUGUCACUUUCCCACAUCAAAUUCCUUCAUUUCCUGUUAGCAAGAACAACGUACUUCAGUUUCCUCAACCCGGAAGUAAAGAUGCAGAGGAAAGAAAAGAAUACAUCCCUGAUUACAUGCCACCCAUUGUGUCUUCUCAAGAAGAAGAAGAAGAAGAGCAGGUGCCCACCGAUGGGGGCACAUCAGCAGAAGCCAUGCAGGUUCCCUUGGAAGAAGAUGAUGAACUGGAAGAGGAGGAAAUUAUCAAUGAUGAGAACUUCUUGGGUAAGAGACCGCUGGACAGUCCGGAAGCUGAAGAAAUGCCCACGAUGAAGCGGCCACGCCUGCUAAGCACUAAAGGGGACACCCUGCACGUGGUGUUACUGGAGGCUCGAGAGCCACUCAGCUCAAUAAACCCCCAGAAGAUCCCACCAAUGCUGUCCCCCGUCCACGUCCAGGACAGCACGGACCUAGCUCCUCCGUCACCAGAGCCACCAAUGUUAGCUCCAGUGGCAAAAUCACAGCUGCCAACCGCAAAACCGUUGGAAGCAAGGUCGUUUACACCUAAAACAAAGACUAAAACCAGUUCUCCAGGGCAGAAGACUAAAUCACCCAAAACGACUCCGUCACCAGCAAUGGUCGGAAGUCCUAUUCGGUCUCCAAAAACCAUAUCCAAAGAAAAGAAGUCUCCUGGACGUUCGAAGAGCCCCAAAAGCCCCAAGAGUCCCAAGGUCAUCACUCACAUUCCCCAAGUACCCAUCAGACCCGACACCCCUAACAGGACUCCUUCAGCUACAAUAAGUGAAAAAAUUAGCAAAGAGACCAUUCAGGUGAAACAAAUACAAACAGCCCCCGAUGCAGGGAAACUGAACCAUGAGAAUCAGCCGAAAAAGGCCGUCGUGACUGAUAAGACCAUAGACGACUCUAUUGACGCUGUGAUUGCACGGGCUUGUGCCGAGCGGGAGCCAGACCCUUUCGAGUUUUCUUCUGGAUCCGAGUCAGAAGGAGACAUUUUUACCAGCCCUAAGAGGAUUUCAGGUUCAGAAUGUGCUACCCCAAAAGCUUCCACUUCCUCCGGCAACUUCCCCAAGUCCGGGUCCACCCCUCUCCCUCUUUCAGGCGGAACUUCAAGUUCUGACAAUUCCUGGACGAUGGACGCAUCCAUCGACGAGGUGGUCCGGAAAGCCAAGAUGGGGACCCCUCCCAGCGUGCCCCCCAGCUUCCCUUACAUCUCCUCCCCUUCAGUCUCUCCUCCCACCCCUGAGCCGCUGCACAAGGUAUAUGAGGAGAAACCCAAAGCGCCGACCUCCACGGACGUCAAAAAGAAGCUGAAAAAGGAAAUGAAGACGAAGAUGAAAAAGAAAGAGAAGCAGAGAGAUAAGGAGAGGGACAGGGACAAAAGCAAGGAGAGAAGCAAAGAGAAGGAGAAAGGGAAGGAGACCAGCAAGGAAGCCAAGUAUCCCUGGAAGGACUUUCUCAAAGACGAAGAGGCAGAUCCCUACAAGUUUAAGAUAAAAGAGUUUGAAGAUGUGGAUCCAAAGGCAAGAUUGAAAGAUGGAGUGGUGAGAAAGGAAAAGGAGAGGCACAAGGACAAGAAGAAAGAUAGAGAAAAAGGCAAAAAGGAUAAAGAGAAGCGGGACAGAGAGAAAGCGAAAGAGAAAGGCCGAGAAGAGAAGCUGAAGGCUGCCCCAGCCCCCCUGGUCCUGCCCCCCAAGGACGUGGCACUGCCCCUGUUCAGCCCCGCGGCGGCCGUGAGGAUCCCAGCCAUGCUGCCCUCCUUGACACCCAUGCUUCCCGAGAAGCUGUUCGAAGAGAAGGAGAAGCCCAAGGAGAAGGAGAGGAAAAAGGACAAAAAGGAGAAGAAGAAAAAGAAGGAGAGAGAGAAGGAGAAGGAGAAGAGGGAGAAGGAGAGGGAGAAGGAGAGGCGCGAGAGAGAGAAGAGGGAGAAGGAGAGGGAGAGACACAAGCAUGAAAAGAUAAAAGUGGAGCCAGUGGUCCCAGCCCCAAGCCCAGUGAUCCCCAGAUUGACCCUCAGAGUUGGAGCUGGCCAAGACAAAAUUGUCAUCAGCAAAGUGGUCCCAGCCCCCGAGGCUAAGCCGGCACCUUCUCUGAACAGACCCAAGACGCCGCCGCCCACACCGGCCCCUGCCCCUGUCCCCGUGCACGUGACCCCCGCCCCCGUGCCUUUGCCCCUUCUGGCCCCUGCCAGCACGCCCCUCACCGGGGUGCCCGCUCCGGCCGCCGCCACCUCAGGAGCUGCCAGUUCCAAAGCCCCCGUCCGGAGUGUGGUCACGGAGACGGUCAGCACUUACGUGAUCCGAGACGAAUGGGGGAACCAGAUCUGGAUCUGUCCCGGCUGCAACAAGCCCGAUGACGGGAGCCCCAUGAUUGGCUGUGAUGAUUGUGACGACUGGUACCACUGGCCUUGCGUCGGGAUAAUGGCUGCGCCCCCGGAAGAGAUGCAGUGGUUCUGUCCCAAGUGUGCCAACAAAAAGAAGGAUAAAAAGCACAAAAAGAGGAAGCACCGGGCGCACUGACGCCCCGGGGGCCCCUGUCCUGACGCCUUGGGGGAGGUGCCGUGACCCUGCCUCCAUGUCACCUCCCACCAUGUUCCUGCAGUUUAUGAACCUCGCAAGACUGAGGACAGAAACACACCACCCGCAGGGAUUUUCCUUCUGGAACACCCCGGCCCGGGGCCACGUGGUCGUGACCGAAGGAAAACACGUGGAGGCGGGGCACCGGGGCCACCUCGCCUCCAUUUUCUAUUACCAGUGACAAGUAUUACUAAUAAAAAGACCAUAAUCUUCCCUUUCGAUUUUCUUGAUUCUCUCCAGGGCCUUUUCCUUAAGGUGUUAGAUGAGGAGAUGGCGUGUGGCCUGCCUUGACUGUGACUGAGGGUGACGUUGGUAGUCUGUCUGCGCCUCCAGCCUCCUUCCCUCUCUAGUGAGAUAAUCAUAAUCACAUAAACGAAAACUCCAGGUGGAGUGUCGGUAAAUAUUUUUGUGAUGAAAAAUAUAUGAAGCUUCCCCUCCCUCCCUGUUUUUAGUACUAACAUGUAAAAUGUUCAGGCUUUUUGUGAAAUACCUUAUAUUUUUUAAGAAAAAGGUUUCUAUCAUGUCCUGUUGGCUUUUGUGCAAAUUAUUUUUGUUGACUCUCACCUAUUUUCUGUCUCUGUUGCCUCCCGACUUUGCCCAUUUCUCUAAACUGCUGGUGUUCUUCUCACAGCUUAUCCAUUUCAUCAACUUGUAUAAAAACUCUUCAGACCAGAAGAUCUCCCCUAAUGUAAAUAAUAAAUAUUUAUGAAGUAGUUAUUUUUAAAAUUUUUUUAUCGUGUUUAAUUCUGGCUUUCUCUGAAAUCUGCUGUGAUUUCAGCCAUGUCUGUAAUUAUUGCUGUACAUAAGCAAAGAAGGCUAGAAAAAAAGAGCCAUGCAUAGUUCAAAGUUACCUACCUUGAGCUUGAACCCAUGCAGUACCCAAAACACUGGGGGAAAGGACCCGAGCAGUUGGAAGGAAAACAAGGCAAUUUAAAUCUAUGGUUUAUGAUUUGAAAUUGUUUUGUUAUCUCGUUUCUGUAAAUUUCUUUGACUUCCUUUUGUUUCAAAGGACAUGUAGAUUCCCCGAAAGUUAAAAAAAAAAAGAAAUAUAUAUAUAUAU